UCACCCUAUCCAUUUUUCCUCUUCACAGCAACUCAACACUCAGGCACCUGCAUCACUCAUCCUUCAAUCCUCAUCCCAGACGAGCUUCUUCUUUCAACCAACUCCAGCUCCGCCUUCUCCAACCACUUCCAACUCAACCAGCAGAAAUGGCCGCCCACGUUGCCCGUCAAUUCUAUCCCGGUGUCUCAUCCUCCGUCCCCGUUAUUUCGGCGAGCACCACCCCCAAACCAUCUUCCGCCUCCUCCACCCCCGUGGUAGUUGUCAGCAGCUCCUCCCGCCCAGCGAACUCCACCAUCCCUCUCUCUAGCACCAUCCGUCCCUCUUCAUCGUCCUCGGUCGUCGUCGUCGUCAGCACUUCCAGGCCUGCGACUACCUCCGCCGCCGCCACCUCAUCAAUCAGGGCCACUACUUCCGCCGCCGCUUCCUCCAGCAUCAGGGUCAACGCUACCACCACCGCCUCAAGGCCCGCUCAGUUCACUGGUGCUGCUAGCACGAUGAGUGCCGGCAAGGUCAUGGGUUUCGGUGUCAUUGCCGGCCUCGCCAUGCUCGGCUUCGGCAUGUAAACACUUCUAGCGACCGGCAUGAGACGAUAUCAUGCCUCCCCAGCUAAAAGAGGGAACUUUGUUUCUACGACUGGGCAUGGCUUCGACUACUCUGCAUUAAUACCACGGCAUUGGUAUCAGGGAAAGGAGACAUUUACUAAGAAG